AGCCGUAUUUUCAAUUGCACAGUCGUCGCGCCAAGAUCGAGAGUCGGGAUUCGUCGGAAUUGUCUUCGCACGGUUCAGCGCGCUUUUGUGUAGCUCAAUCAAGGCAACAAACUAACAAAUAGCUAAAAAUAAAACUUAUAAACAAAAAUAAGCACAAGUAUUUUUUUAACUAAUCAAAACCAAAGCAAUAGCAGUUAAUUAUACGUAAUAACUUGCCCUUAAGACAAUGACGUCAGGCAUACGACCUAUUGAUGUGAUGUUGCAGCGAGCUGGCAUACGUGGCCAUCAGCGCGCUCCAUCCGAUUCGAAGGAGUUCCACGAGUUAACCAAGCGCGAUGCACUGCGUCUGCUGGAGAAUGAUGUGGAUCGUCUGCUCCAGACGACGGAGCCGGCUCAUCGGCCAGCCCUCCAAGCGGAAAUGAAUCGAUUCGCAGAGCUAUUCGGACGUUUCCUGCAGGAGGAGGGACCUGCGCUGGAUUGGAACAAAAUUCAAAAACUGCCCGAAAAUGCGGUCAUGAACUAUUCUAAUCUCAAGUCGCCCAAAAACGAGCAGAAUGAGAUCCGUAAUAUGUUGGACAAACUGGUGGUCAUUAAGCUAAAUGGUGGUCUGGGCACCUCCAUGGGCUGCCAUGGACCCAAGAGUGUCAUACCCGUGCGUUCCGAUUUGACUUUCUUGGACCUGACGGUACAGCAAAUUGAGCAUCUAAAUAAGACAUACGAUGCCAAUGUGCCGCUCGUGCUGAUGAACUCCUUCAAUACUGACGAGGAUACGGAGAAGAUUGUGCGCAAAUAUAAGGGUUUCCGUGUGCAGAUACACACCUUUAAUCAGAGCUGCUUCCCGCGCAUCAGUCGCGAGCAUUUCUUGCCCGUUGCCAAGGACUUUGAUAUUGAAAAGGACAUGGAGGCCUGGUAUCCACCUGGUCACGGAGACUUCUACGAUACCUUCCGCAACUCAGGUCUGUUGAAGAAGUUCAUUGGCGAGGGUCGUGAAUAUUGUUUCCUCUCCAAUAUUGACAAUCUGGGCGCCACCGUCGACCUGAACAUACUCAACAAGCUGGUGGGCGAGGAGCGCGCCAGCACGCCCUUUGAAUUCGUCAUGGAGGUUACCGAUAAGACCCGUGCUGAUGUUAAGGGUGGCACGCUCAUUCAAAUGGAGAACAAGCUGCGACUGCUGGAAAUUGCUCAGGUGCCCAAGGAGCACGUAGAUGACUUCAAGUCCGUCAAGACCUUCAAGUUCUUUAACACCAAUAACAUUUGGGCCAAUCUGUCAGCUAUUGAUCGAGUGCUGCGCGAGCGCACACUGAACAUGGAGAUUAUUGUAAAUAACAAGACACUCGAGAAUGGUCUGCGCGUCAUUCAACUGGAGACGGCGGUGGGUGCGGCCAUGAAGUGCUUCGAUGGCGCCAUUGGCAUCAAUGUGCCUCGUUCUCGUUUCUUGCCUGUGAAGAAGUCGUCUGAUCUGCUGCUUGUCAUGUCUAAUCUAUAUACGCUUAAGAACGGCAGCUUGGUGAUGUCACCGCAGCGCAUGUUCCCUACCACGCCCCUAGUCAAACUGGGAGAAAAUCAUUUCUCAAAAGUCAAGGAGUUCUUGGGUCGCUUUGCCAAUAUUCCCGAUAUCAUUGAACUGGAUCACUUGACAGUCAGCGGUGAUGUGACCUUCGGCCGUGGCGUUUCCUUGCGCGGCACCGUGAUUAUUAUAGCUAAUCACGGCGAUCGUAUUGAUAUACCCGCCGGCGCCAUCUUGGAGAACAAAAUCGUAUCUGGCAACAUGCGCAUCUUGGAUCAUUAAACACUUGAUCAAACGCACAAAUGUGAUAUGCCAGAAUCUGUCGUUAUAUUUGUAGCAUAAUUAACUAAGUUUAUGUAGUAGCCAUGUUCAAAGUUCCAAAUUACGCGCUUCAUUUAGCCAAUUGUUGUAAGCACAAAGUGUCAUAUAGUGAAGCCGCAUCAUAUAUAAGUACAUACAUAUAUAGAGAAUGUAUCUGUACAUAGUUAAGUUGGGAGAUCAACACUUUUUUAA